AUGAAGGAGGACAGGACAGACGUCGAAGACAACUACCACAACACACGUGUCCACGCUGCAACAUCCCAUGGUCUCCAGUAUGUGGUCAUACUGAAAAUCGAAUCCUUCCCGACUUGCUUUUACAAGAAGAAAAUUGCGAAUGAGAUCGAUACCGAACCUUCAAACUCUGCUGAGGAACUGGAGAUUCCCAAGAGAUUUGAGGAGAGUAAUCUCGAAGACGAAGGGAUAUAUAAGGAUGGGGAUGAAGAGGUUGACAAUGACGAUGACACCUUUGAGGACCGUUUCCAAGGGAUAUAG